AUGGUCCCGGGCCGGGACGUUUGCAACGGCGUUGGCAGAAAGGGGCUGAGAUGGACCCUGCUCUCCCUCCGGGCCUUUUUGAGGGUAAAAGAUUGUGACCAAAGAUUUACCUGCAAGACAACUAUCAACAGAUAAUAGAAAUCCAGCCCAAGGCAGCAGCCACUAGAAAGCAUGGAGCCUGGGAAAGUCUUGGAUGCCCCAUCAGACACAAGCAGCACUUCGAAAAACCACAAAUGUCUGGAAUGUGGGACCUUUUUCUGUGAGGAAGCCACUCUCGCAAACCACAAGAGAAUUCACACAGGGGAGAAAAACAAAAAGGGCCUUGAAUGUGGGACAUGUUUUUCCAUAAAAUCAAACUUGCUGCAACAUCAGAGACUUCACACUGGAGAGAGACCCUAUGAAUGCCCAGAAUGUGAAAAACAAUUUGUAAAUUCUUCUGAACUUCAGAAACACCAGACUGGGCACAAUGAGGAGAAACCCUAUAAAUGUGGAGAGUGGGGGAAAAGUUUUCUUACUCCAAGAGAGGUUCAGAAUCAUGAGAGAAUCCACACAGGGGAGAAACCCUACAAAUGUGGGGAGUGUGGGAAAUGCUUUUCCGAAAAACACAACCUUGGAAGACAUCAGAGGCUCCACACACGAGAGAAGCCAUACAGAUGCGUAGAAUGUGGAAAAUCUUUUACUCGAAAUGGAGACCUUUGGAGUCAUCAUAAAACCCACACAGGGGAGAAGCCAUAUCAAUGCAACGAAUGUGGACAAUUUUAUUGCACCGCAUCAGCCCUUAAAAGUCAUGUUAAACUUCACGCAGGGGAAAAAAAGUUCAAAUGUUUAGAGUGUGGGAGAACAUUUGCUAAUUCAUCUAAUCUUAGAAGUCACAGCCGAAUCCAUACAGGAGAGAAGCCCCAUAAAUGCUUGGAGUGCAAUAAAUGUUUUUCUCAAAAAAGUAAUCUUGUGAUUCAUCAGAAAAUCCACACUGGAGAGAAACCUUUUCAAUGUCUGGAAUGUGGGAAAUCUUUUCUUCAAAUAGGAAGUCUUAAAAUCCACAAGAGAAUUCACACAGGGGAGAAACCUUACAAGUGUUGGGAAUGUGGGAAGAACUUUUCUCAGAAGGCAAAUCUUUGGGCCCAUGAGAAGAUCCAUGCAGGAAUCAAACCUUACAAAUGCUUUGAGUGUGGAAAAUGUUUCACUGAGAGCUCAUCACUUCAGAAUCAUUGGAAAACACACACAGGGGAGAAAAACGAAAAGUGCCUCGAAUGUGGGAAAUGUUUUACCUUGAAAUCAAAUCUGCUGCAACAUCAGAGGCUUCACACCGGAGAGAGACCCUAUGAAUGCCCAGAAUGUGAGAAACGAUUUGUAAAUUCUUCUGAACUUCAUAGACAUCAGGAAUGGCACAAAGAGGAGAAACCCUAUAAAUGUGGGGAGUGUGGAAAAGGUUUUAUUUCGCAGAACCGUGUUCAGAUUCAUCAGAGAAUCCACACAGGGGAGAAGCCGUACAAAUGUGUAGAGUGUGGGAAAUGUUUUAUCCAAAAAUGCGACCUUGGAAGGCAUCAGAGAGUCCACACGGGAGAGAAGCCGUACAGAUGUGUAGAAUGUGGAAAAUCUUUUGGUUAUAAGGAGCUACUUUGGAGCCAUCAGAAAAUUCACACAGGGGAGAAGCCAUAUCAAUGCGUCGAGUGUGGAAGAUUUUAUCGUACCUCAUCAGCCCUUAGAAGUCAUGUGAAAAUUCACACGGGGGAAAAAAACUACAAAUGUUUAGAUUGUGGGAGAUCGUUUGCUCGGUCAUCUCUCCUCAGAAGUCACAGCCAAAUCCAUACAGGAGAGAAACCUCACAAAUGCUCAGAGUGUGAUAAAUGUUUUUCCCGGAAAGUUACUCUUUUGAAGCAUCAGAGUAUCCACACUGGGGAAAAACCAUAUAAAUGUCUGGAGUGUGGGAAAUGUUUUGCGCAACCUUCAGCAGUUUGCGUGCACACUGUAAAUCAUGCAGGAGAGUGACCUUACAAAUGUGCAGAGGGCGAGAAAUCUUUUCAUUGAAAAUCACAGCUAAAAAGGCACCAGAAAGUCCACAGCAGAUAUAAAUCUUUUCCAUUGUGAACAACUUUGGGAAUACUUCUUUUCAAUAGUCACACCUCGCAAUUCAGCAAAAACUUCACACAGUGACAAAAGCAAAAUCUUACAAUUGUUUGGUGUGGGGAAAAAGUUUUUCCUAGUCAAGUAACCUUAAAUAACAAUAGAGAGUAGAUAAUCUAACAAAAGUGCAUCUAUGUUAGGAAUUUAAGAAGGUUUGGCUCACAAGCAGCAGUAGUAGUAACUUAACACACUGAGUUACAAGUGUGGGGGAAUGUAGCAGUGGUGGGUUGCCCCUGGUUCGGACCGGUUCUAUAGAACCGGUAGCAAAACUGGUGUGAGGCUCCACCCACUGACCCUGAUGUCAUCAGAAGUGAUCUGUGCAUGCACAGAAGCUUCUGCGUAUGCGCAGAAGCAAGGCGUGCGCACGAGUAAAACGAUCCCAUCGCGAAGCGAUCGCGUUGCGAACCGGUAGUAAGGGUAAGUAGAACCCACCCCUGGAGUGUAGGUUAUAUUUUGCAGAGCACAGCUAGUCCUUGACUUAUUUAUUUAUUUAUUUAUUUUUAAAUUUGUAUACCGCCCUUCUCCCUGAGGACUCAGGGCGGUGAACAGCCAAGUAAAAGCAUGAACUACAAACAUUAUAAUACAAUUUAAAAGAUAUAUAUAAAUUUGGCCCCAUGAUUAAAAACAAUAACAAACAAUUAAAAACAUUUUAAAAAAAGUGUUAGGCCAGCCCGGCUUGCUGGAAAAAGAAGGUUUGAAGGGCACGGCAGAAGGCACCGAGGUCUUGGAUUCUCCUUAUCUCUGGGGGCAGCUGAUUCCAGAGGGUAGGUGCCCCCACAGAGAAGGCCCUCCCUCUGGGGGUCACCAGCCUACAUUGUUUAGCUGAUGGCACCCCGAGGAGGCUCUCUCUGUGGGAGCGCACAGGUCGAUGGGAGGCUGUCGGUAGCAGCAGGCAGUCUUGAAGAUAACUAGGUCCUAUGCCAUGGAGCGCUUUAAAGGUGGUAACCAACACCUUGAAGCGCACCCGGAAGACCACUGGGAGCCAGUGCAGCUCACGCAGGAGAGGUGUUGAUGAUUGCAAUUAGGAACAGAUUCCUAGUCAUAGAUUUAUACAGUCAUACUUUUUGGCACCUAUAUGACCAGAUCUGAUUUUGUGACAUUUUUUUGUGGUCAAUAAGUAAUAAGCAGUCCUAAGUGUAAAGCCACUCUUCCAAAUUUGCAUUUUAUGUCAAAAAUGCCAAAAAACCUGCAAAUUGUGAUCUGAUGGCUGCAGGAUUAUGGAACUGGUUGCAAAAGCCGUCUGGUUGCCAUAAUGUGGUCACAUAACUUGCGGGGGACAUUGGAGGACUACCUGUAAGGAAACCUUGAUAAACCCUGAAGCAUUCACAAAAGGGCGAAAUUGUAUAAAUGUUUGGAAUAUUCUAAAGUACUGACUCCACUGAGACCUCUGGAGGCCCCAAAGGAACCCCAAGAAAAAGGAAUUGUGGGUUUGGUGUGUAGGAAAUAUUUUUCUGGAAUGUCUACCUGGGAAAAAUGCCCUCCAAAAACACUCUCCAGGUGCUUGCACGACUGGACACUCUUUCCGGGUGACAAACUGCAUCACAGCUUGGUGUGUGGAAAAUCUGUUCCUUGAAAUGAGACAAGUGUUGUCAAACAUUUGUGAGCCCCCACAGAGAAGAGCCUUAGAAAUCCUUGUAGCAUAGAAAACGUUUUAUCCUGAAAUUUAAUUUAAUUUAAUUUAAUUUCCAAUUUAUAUACCGCCCUUCUCCCUGAGGACUCAGGGCGGUGUACAGCCAAGAUAAAAAACAUAGAAUACAAAUAUCAAAACAUUUAAAAAUAUAUAUAAAUUUUGGCCCGAAAGUUAAAAAAUCACAGACUGAUUAAAAGAAUUUAAAAAUUUCUUCUUAAGCCAACGCGGCUUGUUGAAAAAGAUAGGUUUUCAGGGAACGACGGAAGGCAUUGAGGUCAUGGAUUCUCCUUGUCUCCGGGGGCAACUGAUUCCAGAGGGUGGGAGCCCCCACAGAGAAGGCCCUCCCCCUGGGGGCCACCAGCCUACAUUGUUUGGCUGAUGGCACCCUGAGAAGGCCCUCUCUGUGGGAGCGCAUGGGUCGAUGGGAGGUCGUCGGUAGCAGCAGGCGGGCUCGCAGAUAGCUAGGCCCUAUGCCAUGGAGUGCUUUAAAGGUGAUAACCAACACCUUGAAGCGCACCCAGAAGACCACCGGGAGCUAGUGCAGCUCGCACAGGAGCGGUGUUACAUGGGAGCGCCAUGUUGCUCCCAUCACUACCCGCGCUGCUGCAUUCUGGACCAGCUGGAGCCUCCGGGUGCUCUUCAAGGGGAGCCCCAUGUAGAGAGCAUUGCAGUAGUCAAGGCGAGAAAUCUUUUCAAAGAACACAAAGCAGUUCAUAAUUGCAGUGAAGUGAGAAAAAGGUUCCCUGGCUUGGUAUUAUUUAAAAAAAGGUUGUGAGGUAGAGGGGGAAAAUAUCCUUCAGAUAUCACUUAAGCCUCCGGGUCUCUUUUGCUCCCUUAUCCACCCUCAGUCCUCUCGAAUUCACAGGGGAAGAGACCUGAAGAGACUUGGGUCCCUAGCUCUGAACUGGGACAGGAAAUUCUCUUUUUAAGAUUGUAAAGUAAAACUUUUAAAGGUUUCACGGAAGUUUUGUUUCCAUGGGAACUGCAUGAAAGUCCAUAAUCUACUGGAGUGGGACUUUUUUACAUUUCCAGCUGUUGUGCAAUUUUCAGAAAAAUAUUUGCAUUGUCCUACAGCGUGUUCUUAAUUUCUCUGGAGUGCACUUUUCUCACAUUGUUCAGGACAGAUUUUCUCCCCACCAAACACCCGUGUGGUUUGUCACCCUGAAAGAGGGUCCUGCAGUCCCUGCAUCACUCGGAUUUCUUCUGAAGGAACUUUAUUACCUAGGUAAUAAAGAGAACUUUAUAAAGGUAAAGGUUUCCCUGCACAUGCGUGCUAGUCAUUCCCGACUCUAGGGGGCGGUGCUCAUCUUUGUUUCAAAGCCAAAGAGCCGGUGCUGUCGAAGACGUCUCUGUGGUCAUGUGGCCAGCAUGACUCAAUGCCAAAGGCGCACAGAAUGCUGUUACCUUCCCACCAAAGUGGUCCCUAUUUUACUACUUGCAUUUUUUAUGUGCUUUUGAACUGCUAGGUUGGCAGAAGCUGGGACAAGUAACAGGAGCUCACUCUGUUACGUGGCACUAGGGAUUCGAACCGCUGAACCACUGACCUUCUGAUCAAAAAGUUCGGCGUCUUAGCCAUUUAGCCACCAUAUCCCUUUAAAAUAAAAGUUCUUUUAAAAGAAAGAACUUUAUUACCUAAACCUACGUAAUAAAGAGAAAAGAAAGGGUGAGGAGGAGGAGGAAGAAGAAGUCAAAUUUAAGUUUUUCUUGUUGAUUUAUCAUUUUUGUUUUGGGAUAUAUGGGGUUAUUAUUUCAGGUAAUGUUUAAUAUCUUCCAAUUUUAUUAUUUUAUAAUGUUUAUUAUCAGGGGGAUUUAAAGUAAAUGGAAAAGGGGAUUACAUACUUAAAUAGUUGUUAGCUAUUUAUUUCCCCAUUGGAUCUGGAUCUUUGUUGAUCAAUAGGGAGAGUGGAAGAUUUAGAGAGAAGUUUGUAAAAAAUAGGAUCAGGUAUAGAAUGAAGAUGCACCUGUUUGAAUUGGAGAUAAAUCGCACACUUGGGAUAAAUUGGAGUACAGAUUGGUUACUUAGCACAUACAUCACAGGUUAUGAGAAAUGUAACUUUGAAUUAUGUAAUAUUCAGUUUGUGUGAAUUAUAAAUGGAUACCAGGUUGCCAAUCAUGUGACCCAAAAUUCAGUUAAUGUCAGGUUGCAUUGUGUGCAAUUAGGGUCACUAUAUGUACAGUUGUUUUAUCUAUAAAUAUAAUAUUCUUGUUCUUUA